AUGCGGUUUCCAGAUUACUUCUUCUUUGCUGAAAAACGUUUGGUAAGCCAUGAAAUCGAAACCAAAUACGUCAAAGACUUGGAUCACUGUGAGCUUUUCUGCUACAUGAACGACAACUGCGUCAGUGCUAACUUCAAAAAAAAACCCGAGGGCGGAGGAAUCACUUAUGUCUGUGAACUGAAUAACGCCACUCAUCUUGAAUAUGAUACUGACCUGAUAACUGAUGCCGAUUUCUAUUAUCGUGGCUCAAAGGUAAAAUAUAAAGUAUAACUUAAAUUCAGCAACUCUACGCUUUUCGAUGAAUGGUGAAAAACAGCCAUUAAUUAUCAAAACUUCAGUUCGUUCGUCCAUCUAUCAAUCAUUCAAUACAUCCAUAUUUCUUCUUUUUUUUUUUUCUUUCAGAACGCCUGCGGUAAAAACCCACCGUGUCAAAAUAAUGCAACUUGUCAGUCUGGUUUCACAAUCAAGGGAUAUCGAUGCUUAUGCCCUCCUGGAUUAGAAGGAGAACAUUGCGAAAAAGGUUAAUUACAGAAUAUGCCCAUAAAAACAAAGAGUAUUUCAACCACCUAUAUUCAUAUAUCACGUUUGGCCGUCGAGUACGUAUCUUAAAGGAAGGCUACCAAGGCUGAUCUUUGACGACUAAUAUCCUGCUUCAGUUUGGAAUGGUGUCUAGAGAGAGAUUCCGCUGCAGUGGAAGUUUUGGUUUAGACUAAAUUAACAAUUAACUUGUCACAAAGAUAACUAACUACAUGCUUUUCCACCUCAUACGAGUUUAAAAACGACUUUAUAUCUCACUCGUGUAGCCACUACCGUUGUAGAAUUUUUCCUUUCUUUCCCAUUUUGUAGAUAUUGAUGAAUGCCAAAAAAAUACUCACAAUUGUCACCUGAACGCUACUUGUCAAAACACAAAUGGAUCCUUUGUGUGCACCUGUUUCUUUGGAUUUAACGGAGAUGGACGGAACUGCACAGGUAAAGGCCUUUAGAUUGUAAUUGCCUCCCUAUAACUUUAAGAAGUGUUAGUUUGCUUGUGUUUGUUUGUUUGUUUUGAUAAAGUAGUUACCCUUGCCUUAAUAUUUUUAACCAACGGUAGAAAAUGAAAAUCCUUAAUCCCACUUGAAAGCAAGAGGACGGGACAAAAUGCUGAACAUUUUGGCUGACCAGCUUCCUCGUUAAUAAAACAAGGCGACCAACAACUCUCUAACGACAACUGUCGCACCCUAUGUUCAAAAUAAGAAGGUUUAUACAUGUAUCAUGCUCCAAGAAUCGUGAUCGAAAGCCUGUUAUUUCUCAGAUAUUGACGAAUGUGCAAGAAAUCGUUCUUGUUAUGUGAAUGCCAACUGUACCAACACCAUUGGAUCACAUGUAUGUACAUGCCACACUGGAUACACUGGA